AUGUCGUCGCACGAUGAGGAAAUGCAGGACGCCCCUGUCAACGGCUUCACCCAGGCGAACGGCGUCGAGGCGGAGGAGGUCGAGGAGAAGCAGCGCAUCCGCGUGCUGCCCGGAUCCGAGAACACGGCCGCGUCUUUUGAGUUCGAGAACGAGGACCACACCCUGGGCAACGCCCUGCGCUACAUCAUCAUGAAGAACCCCGCCGUCGAGUUCUGCGGUUACUCCAUCCCUCACCCCUCCGAGCCCAAGAUGAACCUCCGCAUCCAAACAUACGACGAUGUCAGCGUUUACGACGUGUUGGAGAAGGGCCUGGACGAUUUGGCCGAGCUCUGCGAUGUCGUCAUAGACAAGUUCACCGUCUCGCGUGACGAGUUCAAUGCGCGCAAGUGA